UCGCUUAGCGUGCAGUGCGUUGGGGAUUCAACAGAUAGUGCUUUCCAUUCCACCGCUGCUCGCUAUAAUAUCUGGCUGCCCCUGCCCUGUUUCUCUUUCCUCAUCCUCUCCCGCUCCUGCCUCUCUUACCUGACCCCUCUUCUUGAGUGUGGCAUACCUUCGCUACUGGAGCCCUUAGCUGUGUGCUUCCUGGAGACCGAUCGGAGCUCAAGAAUUCUUUGAGCCCCUACACCCUGCGAGUACCGCUCUUGCAAUCAACCCACCGAUAUCCUCGCAUCCUCUCUCCACCGUCAUCAUGCCCUCCUCCCAGGCUGUCUCUGGCGACCUCGCCAUCAAGCCCGAGUUCGUUGAUCAAAAGUCGCCCAUGGCUUCGACCAGCGAACCCAACCGCAACCCCAAGUACGACCCGAAGAAGCCACACAUCACCGACCAGCCCAUCACAAAGGCCAACUGGUAUAAGCACGUCAACUGGCUUAACGUCGUCUUCAUCAUCGGCGUCCCGCUCGCUGGCUGUGUUGCCGCUUUCUGGACCCCGUUGAAGUGGCAGACUGCUCUCUGGGCGGUCACCUACUACUUCUGGACCGGUCUCGGUAUCACAGCUGGUUACCAUCGUCUCUGGGCGCACAAGUCCUACAAUGCCACGCUGCCUCUGUCUAUCUUCCUCGCCGCUGUUGGUGGCGGUGCUGUCGAGGGCUCCAUCCGCUGGUGGAGCCGUGACCACCGUGCUCACCACCGCUACACCGACACCAACAAGGACCCCUACUCCGUCCGCAAGGGUCUCCUGUACUCCCACUUUGGCUGGAUGAUCAUGAAGCAGAACCCCAAGCGCAUUGGCCGCACCGACAUCACCGACUUGAACGAGGACCCCAUCGUCGUCUGGCAGCACAAGCACUACAUCAAGGUUGUCAUCAUCAUGGGCUUGAUCUUCCCCUCUGCCGUCGCUGGUCUUCUCUGGGACGACUGGAAGGGUGGAUUCAUCUACGCCGGUAUCCUCCGCAUCUUCUUCGUCCAGCAGGCCACCUUCUGCGUCAACUCGCUUGCCCACUGGCUCGGUGACCAGCCCUUCGAUGACCGCAACUCGCCCCGUGACCACGUCAUCACCGCUCUCGUCACCCUCGGUGAGGGCUACCACAACUUCCACCAUGAGUUCCCCUCCGACUACCGCAACGCCAUUGAGUGGCACCAGUACGACCCCACCAAGUGGUCCAUCUGGCUGUGGUCCAAGCUUGGCCUUGCCUCGAACCUGAAGCAAUUCCGCGCCAACGAGAUCGAAAAGGGCCGUGUCCAGCAGCUCCAGAAGAAGAUCGACCAGACGCGCUCCAAGCUCGACUGGGGUGUUCCUCUUGAGCAGCUGCCCGUCAUUGAGUGGGACGACUACGUUGAGCAGGCCAAGAACGGCCGCGGUCUCAUCGCCGUCGCCGGUGUUGUUCACGACGUCACCGACUUCAUCGCUGAGCACCCCGGUGGUAAGACCCUCAUCAAGAGUGGUAUUGGCAAGGACGCCACUGCCAUGUUCAACGGUGGCGUCUACUUCCACUCCAACGCUGCCCACAACCUUCUCUCAACCAUGCGUGUUGGUGUCAUCCGCGGUGGCUGCGAGGUUGAGAUCUGGAAGCGUGCCCAGAUGGAGAACAAGGACGGCGUCAUCGCCAAGGAUGCCCAUGGCAACCCCAUCGUCAGGGCUGGCGACCAAGUUACAAAGGUGGCUCAGCCUGCUGUCAGCGCGAGCGCAGCAUGAGCGAGUGUGUAUAUCAAUUUGAGCGAAGCGAUAUCCGGAGUUGGGGUUGUUUAUUUCAAUCAUCGGGCAUAGUAAUUUCACUUCCCAGCGUUCGCUAGAGAGUAUCAUAGAAGUGAUGCUCUACCAUUAGACGGAGUAUGAUUACAGUCUCAUUAUGAGUGCAACGGCCUGCAAAAAGUCUAUCGGCAUAGCCCGAUAAAUGA